GAAACCACAUUGCAUCUGGAGGGGCACAACAAUAAUAGUACAGCUGCAGGAAGUGAAACUACAUGUUUUCUGCUUUUGAACUGUUUGAAUUAGCUUCCUGGUAACAUUAAUCUUCACUCACAUGCAGAGUAGGCCACGAUAGGAACACUUUCUAACCAUGCUCGCUUUGUGGUUCCUCCUCGGUGUUUUGGUGUCUCACGCGGCGGCUCGGUACACCGCGGACUGGGCCAGUCUGGACGCCCGGCCACUGCCUCCAUGGUACGACGAGGCGAAGGUGGGGAUAUGUCACUGGGGGGUGUUUUCUGUGCCCGGGUUCGGCAGUGAGUGGUUCUGGUGGCACUGGCAGGGCGCACAACCUCCGGACCAGAAGUGUGUGAGCUACAUGUCCAAAAACUAUCCCCCUGGAUUUAGCUACCCAGAGUUUGCGCCGCAGUUUCACGCUCAGUUCUUCAACCCACAGGACUGGGCGGACAUAUUCAAGGCUUCUGGUGCAAAAUAUGUCGUCCUGACUGCCAAACACCACGAGGGAUUUACUAACUGGGGCUCUCCUAACUCCUGGAACUGGAACUCAGUGGAUACUGGUCCUCACAGGGACCUGGUGGGGGACCUUGGGGAGGCAGUGCGCAACAGGUCAUUGCACUAUGGACUCUACAACUCCCUGUAUGAGUGGUUCCACCCUCUCUACCUGACAGACAAGAAGAAUGGAUUCAAGACGCAGGAGUUUGUGAUGAAUAAACUUCUACCUGAGCUUUAUAACAUGGUUGUAAGGUACAGACCUGAGGUGAUCUGGUCCGAUGGAGACUGGGAAGCACCUGACACCUACUGGAACUCCACCGAAUUCCUGGCCUGGCUCUACAAUGACAGCCCAGUGAAAGAUACCAUCGUGACCAAUGACCGAUGGGGAGCUGGCUGUGCCUGUAAACAUGGCGGCUACUACAACUGUGAAGACAAAUACACUCCUGGCCAGCUGCCCAAGCACAAAUGGGAGAAGUGCACAUCUGUGGACACGUUCUCCUGGGGCUACCGCCGAAACAUGAAGAUGAGCGAACUGAUGGACUUACCCUCUAUCAUAGAGGAUCUGGUUCACACUGUGGCUCUGGGAGGUAACUACCUCCUGAAUGUGGGUCCCACACCUGAUGGGAUGAUCCCCGCUGUGUUUGAGGAGCGGCUCAGGGGGGUCGGAGCCUGGCUACAGAUCAAUGGAGAGGCCGUCUACGCCUCCAAACCCUGGAGGGUCCAGACUGAGAACACCACCGUACCAGUCUGGUAUACAUCCAAAGGAACCUCUGUUUAUGCCAUCAUGAUCACCAAACCCCCCAAGCUCACACUGAAACUCCUGGGACCCAAAACAUCUGCAGUCACUAAGGUGACUUUGUUGGGCAAUCCAAAACCACUGCCCUGGUCUCCGGUCAGCCCGAGUGGUGGCCUCACUAUCCUUCUGCCUGAACUGCCCUAUUCCCCCGGGCAGGCAUGGACACUCAAACUGGACACCAUCCAGUAAGCCUUCAAAGUCUAAAAGGCUGAAUAUCAUGACUUUUUAUAUCUCAGGUUUUAAUCAUCUUUGUGGGAUAAGGGUGAACUAAUGUGAUAUGGUUAAAGGGACAGCACCUUUUGUAAUGGAUUAGUAUUCGUGCCAAAAAUGAAACACUCCUCUUCAAUGAUUCCUUUUGUCUCUCUGAGGACUUAACAUGUAAUGGGUUGCUGCCUCUUAAUUGUGCUCUUUUAGAUAAAAAUGUUUAAUGAUUAUGAAUGAAAAGUGGUAUCUUCUGUUCAGCUUGUGAAGCUCUCCUGGCAGCUCCCAGCUGUCUAAUUGCUGUUUCAGAAAGAACUGACUUCUUUUAUUAGGGGUUUGUUGGAAAAUAAACCACAAUGCACUUUUUGUAUUUUUACUGUAUGAAAAAACUGAAUAAAAGAUGAUUGUUUUCUCUUGUGAA